AUGAAGUUUAAACCGUUUGUGUUGUUAGUUGUUUUCGUGAUAACUGGUGGAAGUUGUAUUAAUGAAAAUGUCGAUGGCCGCAGCGUGGACACUGAUUUGCUGGAACUACCAGUCAAUAGUGCUUUAAAGACAACACUGCCGGAGAAAGGAGAUGUUACUGAAGGCCCUACAGUACUUGUACUGAUGACGAAGUUGUUAAAAAGUUCUACAUUCAAGGACGAAGUUGCCAACGAUUUUUCUUCACGUCAUUACCACAGAAGCACAGCAGGCGAUGCUCCUAAAAGAACCGUCAGGCAAGCACUCCCGGGAUAUUUUCCUAGUAAUCCUUUUUCAACUCGAGUUCCUCUCUAUCCGACGAUUGGUAAUAUAAGGAAUCCACAAGGAGGUCAAUCACCUUAUGGUCCGACAUAUCAAUCAACAAAUUAUACUUAUCCUUAUAAUUAUUCUGGAAAUCAACAUAAUAACUAUUAUAAUCCAGCACAAGGACCACACAAUCCAUUGUAUAAGCCUGGAAAUGGAAAUUUAGGUGUUUUCAAUUCGUCAAAUUAUGAUAAUCGGCCUAAUAAUGCUGGAUUUUACCCUAAACCUCCGUAUUCCGGAACCUAUAACUAUAAUACGUCGCUUAACCACAGUCCUAGGCCAUAUUAUUCCAACAGUACGAACCGCCCUCAUUCAAUCCAUCCUAAUUAUCCUACCCCAAAUUAUAAUCCUUCUUGGUCUACUAAUAAACAAAACAUUACGAAUUAUAACUAUCCUAGCACAACACCAACUUAUUAUAAACCAGCGCAAGGACCUUAUAAUCCCUAUUAUAAACAAGGAAAUUCUGGCAAUACGAAUUUAACAAAUUACGGACUUUGGCCACAAAAUAAUGGGCAAAAUCCUACAAAUGGGUUCACUGGGAAUAUCCAAAAUAUUCCAUACAACCCUAAUCAACAACCUUGGAAUUUUAACAGCACAUUUCCAACUAACUCCCCUCAACAGUAUCAAUAUCCGGGUCAGAAUGGGCCAAACACGUUUAGGCUAGCCAAUUCAUAUUACCCUAGCGUUCCCAAUCAGCCUCCAUAUAAUGGUAAUGUGGAACAGAACCAUUUCUAUUAUCCAGGAAAUAGGAACACUACAUGGCACGAUCCGACCAAAUAUUAAUUAUUAACAAAUAUAUGUCUCGCGUGUGCUGUAUAUAUGUUUACCAAUUUUCAAAUAAAAUCAAUUUAGUCUACAAAAUACACACAAUGUUUUAUGUACUCGUCUAAAGCAAAAUACUUUUCGAAUAGCACAUGAUGAUAGAUAUACAUACAUAUGUGUAAUUUUUUUACUUCUUUCCUACUUUAACUUUUAGAAAUUUAGCUUUUCGCUGUCCGCGUAAAAACAUUUACUUAAACAAUCUCUUAUUUAAUGUAAAUUUGGAUGAAGUCGAUUAUCUUCUGUUUUCAUAAAUCGCAUUUAUGUGUUUAUAAAUAUAUUAUCGAAAUGUGUACGAAUAUACUUUUAGUAAUCAUAAAAUUUACUGUGUCAGUAAAUACUUUAAUAUCAUAAUAGUUGUAGUAGACAAACUAGAAAUAAGUAUGGACAAAUACUAAAUUUGUUUAAGGAUAUGCAUUAUAAGAAAUAAAAUAUACUUUCAUCA